AAGGUGUUCAUGUUGCUUACCGUAGACUGAGCGGUUGGAUGUGUUUUGAAUCAGACGUUGAAUGUCCCUCCGCGGCCGCCGUACUACUGUCUCUGUAGCCUGGUAGCCGUGCUAAGCUAACUACUAGCUCGGUGAAGCAAUGGCUGAAUAUUCUCACGUAAAAUCCACCAAACUGGUUUUGAAAGGUUCUAGCAAAGGGAAAAAGAGGAAGCAUAAAGAUAAGAAGAGAAAAGCAGGAGAUGACGAGGAAAAGGCUGAUAUUGUUGGUGGUUGGUGGGCUAUCAGCACCUUGGGGGAAAUCACUGGAACGGUUGCCAUAGAGAUGCAGAACAACUCGUACAUCCAUGCCCUGGAUAGUGGGCUUUUCACAGUUGGCGCACCACACAAAGAUGAUGAAGGACCCGACCCCCCAGAACAGUUUACUGCCAUCAAGCUCUCAGACGCAAGGAUAGCCUUGAAGUCUGGAUAUGGAAAAUACCUGGGCAUCAACUCUGAGGGUUUGGUAGUGGGCCGCUCUGAUGCCAUUGGCUCCAGGGAACAAUGGGAAGCAGUCUUCCAGGACGGCAAAAUGGCUCUCAUGGCAGCAAAUAGCUGUUUCAUCUCCUACAGUGACAGUGGGGACAUCGAGGCCAAGAGCAAGACAGCAGGGGAUGGCGAGAUGGUGAAGAUCAGAUCGAGUGCAGAACAAGAGGUCAAGCGUAAAGAUGAGAUUGCAGAAGAGGACAGAGGCAACGUGAAGUCUUGCGAGGUCAAUUAUGUGAAGAAGUUUCAGAGUUUUCAAGAUCGGCGGCUCAGGGUUAACGAGGGAGACUCCUCCACGCUAAAGAGAGCCAGAACAGACGGGAAGUUUCACGAAGCUUUGCUUGACAGGAGAGCCAAAAUGAAAGCAGACAGGUACUGCAAGUGAAGGCUCAACUUUGUAGAAUACUGCCAUGUCUUUGUAAAUGUCUUGAUUUUAAAGAUUUGGCCAUUUAAUGUAGUAUGUUUUUUUGUUUUGUUUUUAAUAUUUUAAAUAAAAGGACAUGGUCAAAUCAG